GGCAGCUCUACCAAACAGCAUGCGGUCAUACUGGAAACAACAUUUUUAAACCGCGCCGGUGUUUUGUUGCAUUUAUUAACAAAACUUAGCAAAUAUAUGAAAAUAACUAGCGAUGCGAGUACUAACGGAGCCCCACCAUACCAUAUCGAUGCCCGAUGGGAUCCUUUCCUACGAAUUAUGCGGCAACGAGUUCGCCUACAACCUGUUGGCCGUGGCAAUGAGGGACUGUCUGCGCCUUCUCCUCGUUGGACUGCCGGAGGAGACCGUCGAGUUUGGGUAUUCACAUCUGCUUGAUCUAACGCUGGACAAAGAAGAUGUGGAAAGAAUUGAUGAACGGCGGGUCGUCAGUUCCAUUGCUUUUGCACCGGACACAUCGCUUAACUGCACACCCAAAAAUGUGACUCUAUGCGCUGCCCGCUGGGAAAUAAUGGACAUCUUUCGCACCGAUCUGGGCCAGUUCAAUACCGUGCAUAAGCUGCGCGGCCACAAAGACUACAUAAACGAUAUGGCCUGGGUUUGCGAGGGCAAUCUACUGGCCUCUGUCAGCGAUGACUUCACCUGCCGCUUCUGGAACACUUCCGAUCAGCGGACGGUUCUUACCUUCCGCCUAACAUCUGCCGGAAUGUCGGUCAAGGGCCAUCCCGAUGAUCCUAGCAAGGUGCUGGUGGCGGAGAAGAAGGGCAUCAUCCGUUUGUACAAUGUGAACACCAAGCAGGCCGUCAUCUCGGUGCAGUCGCCAAAAUUCCCGCUCAUGUCCGCCGAUUGGGCACUCAGCAACCGGUAUUUUAUCACUGCCCUGGCUGGGGGCGAUGUGAUUACCUGGGAUCUCAACAGACCCGUUGUGCCCGCCGAUGUGAAGCAAGUGCAUGAGGAUGGCGGACGUUCAGUCCGCUUUGCUCCCGGAAGCUCGGAAAUGGUCCUCGCCAGCAUAGGACGACCGGAUGUAACGCUCAAGGUAUUUGCAGCGAAAUCAACGAUGCCAUUAAUUGAGGCCACCCUGAAGACCUUCGGGGGAAUGGCAUGGCACCAGAGAUUGCCAUACAUCAGCGCCGUCUCUGACAGGGAUUUGCAUUUCUGGAAGGUGCAAAUGAAGUAGAGAUAUUUUAGUUCGUGACGAAGUUACUGGAAAAGAGCGCAACUUACAUACUAUAUUAUGUUUUUUUCAGCUUGUAUAUUAAAAGUUUUAAUUUAGGAAAUCUUUACCAAUACAAAAGUUAUCCGCAUAUUACUUUUUAUACACUUGCAGAGAGUUU